GGUCGCCCUCUGGCCAUGUUCGACUCGGUGAAGCUGCGCCGCGACAACGCGACGGACUUCUUCUCGCACUAUGAGUAUCUGUGCGCGCUGCAGGACUCGGUGCCGCUCCCCGCAGUGCGCGCCUGUCUCCGGGAGGGCGUGCUGGACUUCAAUGCCGACCGCCUCCGCAUGGUGGACUGGGCGCCUCUCCUGAGCACUCUCAAAAUUAAUAAAGAUCUGCCCUGGAUCUCUAUCAAGAGCUUCUUCCAGCCGUGGCUUGGAGACGUAGGUUCUGACAUAAAUAAAGUUUGCAGAAGUCGUGUUCCUGCAAUAAGAUUCAAAGAUGUGACCUUCCAGUUAUGUAAAGCUCUUAAAGGCUGUUUAAGUGUAUCAAGUAUGCUAAGAAACCUGGAGCUAAAUGGACUAGUUCUGAGAGAGAGAGAUUUAACUGUUUUAACAAAGGGAUUGAAUAAAUCGGCUUCUUUGGUGCACCUGUCUCUUGCAAAUUGUCCAAUUGGAGAUGGAGGUUUAGAAAUUAUUUGUCAAGGUAUAAAGAGCUCUGUCCCUCUUAAGACAGUCAACUUCUCGGGUUGUAAUCUGACAUGGCAGGGAGCGGAUCACAUGGCCAAGAUCUUAAAGUAUCAGACCAUAAGAAGGCAUGAAGAAACCUGGGCUGAGAGUCUUCGCUAUAGGAGACCUGAUCUUGACUGUAUGGCGGGCCUGAGGCGUAUCACACUGAAUUGCAACACGCUUAUUGGUGACCUAGGUGCAUGUGCCUUUGCAGACUGUCUCAGUGAGGAUUUAUGGCUGAGAGCACUUGACCUGCAACAGUGUGGCCUCACCAAUGAAGGAGCAAAGGCUUUACUGAAAGCCCUUGAAACCAAUAGAACUCUCGUCAUUCUGGAUGUAAGAAAAAAUCCACUUAUUGAUCAUUCUCUGAUGAAAGCAGUUAUCAAAAAAGUUCUCCAGAAUGGAAGGAGUGCGAAGUCAGAGUACCAAUGGAUAACUUCUCCGUCAGUGAAGGAAUCAUCCAAAACUGCUAGACAGAAAAAGAAAACUAUAAUUCUAGGAAGUGGUCGAAAAGGAAAAGCUACUAUUAGAAUUGGAUUGGCUACAAAGAAACCUAUAAGUAAUGGAAGAAAACACUCCCUUGGGAAUGAACAAGACACUCCAAUAUCUCUACCACCUGGUGUGUCUGGUUUCUUGCCAUGGCGCACUGCAGAACGUGCAAAAAGGAAGAGGGGCUUUCCAUCAAUUAAAACUCGUGAUAUAGAUAAUCAGCAACCAGGUUUUCCUGUGACUGUGACAGUGGAGAGUCCUUCAUCCUCAGAAAUUGAAGAGGUUGACGAUUCUUCAGAAAGUGUUCAUGAAGUGCCUGAGAAAACCAGUUUAGAACAAGGAGUGUUACAGGAAAAACUGGAUGAGUGCCUGAAGCAGCUAAAGGAGGAAAGAGUGAUAAGGCUUAAGGCUGAUAAACGAGUUAGUGAGCUGGAACAUGAAAAUGCCCAGUUAAGAAAUAUAAAUUUCUCUUUGUCUGAAGCCCUUCAUGCACACUCAUUGACAAGCAUGAUCCUGGAUGAUGAAGGUGUUUUGGGCAGUAUUGAGAAUUCCUUUCAGAAGUUCCAUGCUUUCUUGGACCUCCUUAAAGAUGCUGGGCUGGGGCAGCUUGCCACAAUGGCUGGUAUAGAUCAGUCAGAUUUUCAUUUACUAGGUCCUCCUCAGAUGAAUUCUACUGUUAGUAGUCUACCUAGAGAAGAAAAGAAAGCACUUGAAGAAGAAAAACCAGAAGCAAAGCAGAAUGCCAUAGGACAAAUGCAAAAUAUCCAAGUUUCUAUUUGUAUGCAGUCAGCUUACAAUGAAGGAACACUAAUGAAGUUUCAGAAAAUUACAAGUGAUGCUAGAAUACCUUUGCCUCUCGACUCCUUCCCUGUGCCAGUUUCUACUCAGGAGCCCUUAGUAACUUCCACAGACAACGUCGGAGUCCCAGCCACUGAGCAGCAGCAGGAGUCUUUGGAAGGAUUCAUUGCUAGAACACAUUCUCCUUUAGCAGAUGUGAUUUCUGGAACAGGAAGUCAAAGAGUAGAAGAGGAGGUCUCCGUAAAUAGCAAAUCAUCUUCAGAAAAAAGGACCAAAACAGGUGAACAUACCAAAAAACACUCUGCUAAGAAACAACCUGGAAAGGACCUGCAUUCCCAGUCUGACUCUCCUGUAAACUGGAAAAGCAACGGAAUCAGAGAAACGAGUUCUUUGGUUAAUGAACCAAUUAAAAGUGAGUCUUUGAAAAAAUACCUUUCUGUCAAGAAAGAAAGUAGAAUAGUGACUGUUUCAUCCAAGACAAGUAGUAGUAAAUCCAGUCCACUAGAACAUUCUGAAGGUGAUACUCAUGGAUCUGAUUUGGAAUUUCAAGAAAACAUGCAUUAUCACUCCUGACAUAGGCCUAAAUCUUUUGAAAUUAUGUUUCUACCUUUAAAUUUUAAUAAAUUUUCUUAUGUUUUUAUUAUGACA